GUUCAAAAGAAGAAAAGAAAAUUUUGUUAAAAAAAAAUGCAGCAGCAACAUUCCUUAGAGAAAGAAACAUGUAAUGAAGAAAAACCAAAGAUGAAAACAAAACCGUGUAUUAUCGAUUCCCUGUUGGAUCUUCAUGUCAAUCAACGUUUAAUAUCGGAAGAAGACGUUAUUAGAGAUAUGGAAGGCGCUAUUUUUGCGGGUUACGAUACAACCGCCCACGCUAUAUCAUGGACUCUUUAUUUCCUGGGAAGAUUCCACGAAAUACAAGAGAAGGUAUAUCUAGAAUUGCAAGAAAUUUUCAAAAAUGAUAUGAAUAGCGAUGAUGAUAUUACUAUCGAUGACUUGACGAAAAUGACGUACUUAGAAUGCGUAAUUAAGGAGUCGAUGAGAAUCUAUCCUCCCGCUCCUUUUAUUGCAAGAAAAAAUCCUUCAAAAAUGAAAAUAGGUAAUUACGUGUUGUCUGCAAAUUCGACUCUUGUCAUCAGUAUCUAUGGCAUCCAUCAUAAUCCUUCUGUUUACGAAAAUCCCGAAGUGUUUGAUCCUGACCGUUUCUUACCUGAAAACUAUAAAAAUCUUCAUCCUUACGCAUUUCUGGCAUUUUCUGCUGGUCCACGAAAUUGUCCCGGAAAUAAACUUGCCAUGAUUAAAAUGAAAAUGGUUUUGGCAAAUGUUCUUCGUAAUUUUAAAGUUUACUCUUUGGAUCCUCAGGAUAAAAUUGUUACUUCAUGGGAUAUUAUGUUGACCCCAACAUCGGGUAUAAGAAUGUGUGUAGAAAAAAGAUGUAUGUUUUAAGAUAUAAAAUAAGCUGAACGUUGGGGUAAUUUUUAUUACAAAUAUAUAUAAACAUAGAGUUAUAUCAUAUAAUUUAGAA